CUCUCUCCCUUUUAUUCUGUCUUCACAUUUUAGGGUUUUCCAAUUCAACUUCUCUCUCCUCUCUCUUCCUCUCUGAAAAUUGGAAUUUUUAAUCAACAAUUGCUCACUGAAAUUACAGUGUUCUAUUUUUUUUUUUGAAAAUUUUUUUUGACCCGUGCGGAUUCUACGUUUCUUUAAAUUCUUUUUUCUACUUUCUUUCUAUCUUUUUUUCGAUUGCGCAUUUGGGUAAUUUUUCUUUUUCUGGCUGGUUGUUUAUUUUUUUUUCAAUGUUGGCUGUGGAGUAAAAAGAAAAAGAAUCAAUCUAGGGUUUCGAAUUUUUGGGGGAAGGGGUGGUUUUUUGUUGCUCAGUUAGCUGGUGGAUCUUCUGUUUUCAUCGUUCUGGCCGAUGCAGGAUAUAAUCGGAUCGGGAACGGUGUGAUCGCCGCUCGGUGGCGAGCCGAGUAAUCGAAUUGAGGGGGUUGGGGUUCUUGUAUGGAAACUCGGAGUCGGAAGCGGGCGGAGGCUUCCUCAGCAGCCCCUUCAUCGUCUUCGUCAGGUCCCACCACACGUGCCAGCAAGCGUGCUCGUCUCUCUGUGUCUUCGUCUUCGUCCUCCAUCCCUGCCACCGUAUCAUCCGCUCAGAUUUCCACACGUUCUCGCGCCUCUAGUACUGUCCCUGAACCUUCUUUGCCUUCAGCCGCCGCUCUGAUGGACUCUUCUGCCAACGAAUCAUCUGGGUCUCGAGGAUGCCGUGAUCAUCGCCGUUCGAAGAAUUCCGAUAAGGAUGGCUCCGAUAAAGGGAAAGAGAAGGAGCAUGAGGUUAGGGUUAGGGAUAGGGAUAGGGAUAGAGAUGCAGAGCGGAACUUGGGAUUGAAUAUGGAGAGUGGAGGCGGUAAUGGUGGUGGUGGUGGUGGUGACGACGAUGAUAAUGACAGUGAAGGUGGUGGGGGUAUUUUACAUCAGAAUUUGACUUCGGCUAGUAGUGCCCUUCAAGGGCUUCUUCGGAAGAUCGGGGCUGGAUUGGAUGACCUUCUGCCUUCUUCGGCAAUUGGGUCGGCUUCUUCUUCGCACCAGAGUGGGCGGCUUAAGAAAAUACUAUCUGGGUUGCGAGCUGAUGGGGAAGAAGGUAGGCAGGUCGAGGCUCUCACUCAGCUUUGUGAGAUGCUUUCCAUCGGGACUGAGGAAUCCCUAAGUACGUUUUCUGUGGAUUCAUUUGUUCCUGUGCUCGUGGGGCUUCUUAAUCACGAGAGCAAUCCCGAUAUAAUGCUACUUGCUGCCAGGGCGCUUACUCAUCUAUGUGAUGUGCUCCCUUCAUCUUGUGCUGCUGUGGUUCAUUACGGUGCAGUUUCUUGCUUUUGUGCGAGAUUGCUUACCAUAGAGUAUAUGGACUUGGCAGAACAGUCUCUGCAAGCUUUAAAGAAAAUAUCUCAGGAACAUCCAACUGCUUGUCUACGAGCCGGUGCUCUCAUGGCAGUGCUUUCUUAUUUGGAUUUCUUCUCUACUGGAGUUCAGCGUGUUGCGUUAUCCACUGCUGCAAAUAUGUGCAAGAAACUUCCCUCAGAUGCAGCUGACUUUGUGAUGGAAGCUGUACCACUGUUGACAAACCUUCUUCAGUAUCAUGAUUCAAAGGUUUUGGAGCACGCUUCUGUUUGUUUAACUCGAAUUGCUGAAGCCUUUGCAGCCUCUCCUGAUAAACUAGAUGAGCUAUGUAAUCAUGGACUAGUUACCCAAGCCGCAUCUCUUAUAUCCACCAGCAAUUCUGGUGGUGGACAGUCAUCUCUUAGUACUCCUACUUAUACUGGCUUAAUCCGACUUCUUUCCACUUGUGCAAGUGGGUCUCCGUUGGGAACCAAAACGUUGCUUCUCCUCGGAAUCAGUGGCAUUCUUAAAGAUAUUCUCGCUGGUUCAGGCAUUGCUGCUACUUCGUCAGUUUCACCUGCAUUAAGUAGACCGCCAGAGCAGAUUUUUGAGAUAGUCAACCUUGCGAAUGAGCUUCUUCCCCCACUGCCACAAGGAACCAUCUCCCUUCCAGCUAGCUUCCAUUUAUUUAUGAAAGGGCCUGUCAUAAAGAAGUCUUCAGCUAGCAGUUCUGGGAAAUCAGAAGAUUCAAAUGGAAAUAUCCCUGAGGUUUCAGCUCGUGAGAAGUUAUUGAAUGAUCAGCCUGAGCUUCUUCAGCAAUUUGGAAUGGAUUUGCUUCCAGUUUUGAUACAGAUAUAUGGUUCUAGUGUAAAUGGCCCUGUUCGCCAUAAGUGUCUCUCUGUUAUUGGGAAACUGAUGUACUUCAGUACCGCAGAGAUGAUCCAGUCUUUGUUAGGUGUGACAAACAUAUCAAGCUUUCUAGCUGGUGUUUUAGCAUGGAAAGAUCCACAUGUUUUGGUUCCUGCUCUCCAAAUUGCUGAGAUUCUCAUGGAAAAGCUUCCUGGGACUUUCUCUAAGAUGUUUGUUAGAGAAGGGGUGGUUCAUGCUGUGGACCAGCUUAUUAUAACUGGUACACCAAACACAGUUCCUUCCCAAGUUUCUUCUGCUGAGAAGGAUAAUGAUUCUGCAACUGGAAUUUCGUCACGUUCUAGGCGUUAUCGACGACGUAGUGGUAACUCUAAUCCUGAUGGAAAUUCGUUGGAUGAAUCCAAAAAUUCUGCACCAGUAAAUAUUGGUUCACCUCCUAGUUCUGUGGAGAUUCCAUCUGUUAAUUCUAAUCUUCGUACGGCAGUCAGUGCAUGUGCUAAAACUUUUAAAGACAAAUAUUUCCCUUCAGAUUCUGGGUCUGUUGAAGUUGGAGUUACAGAUGAUCUAUUACAUUUAAAGAGUCUCUGCUUGAAGUUGAAUGCUGGUGUUGAUGACCAAAAGACUAAGGCAAAGGGAAAAUCAAAAGCUUCUGGACCUCGCACGCUCGAUAGUUCUGCCAAUAAGGAAGAAUAUUUGAUUGGGGUUGUAUCUGAGAUGCUUGCUGAACUAAGCAAAGGGGAUGGUGUAUCCACUUUUGAGUUUAUUGGUAGUGGUGUUGUUGCUGCAUUGCUGAACUAUUUUUCUUGUGGGCAUUUCUCCAAGGAUAGAAUUUCAGAAGCUAACCUUCCCAAGCUUCGCCAACAAGCGCUUAGAAGAUUUAAGGCAUUUGUUGCUGUUGCUCUUCCUUUCAGUAUUAAUGAGGGGACUACAGCUCCUAUGACUGUUUUAGUACAGAAGCUUCAAAAUGCUUUGUCUUCAUUGGAACGUUUCCCUGUUGUGCUAAGCCAUUCGGCAAGAUCAUCAGGUGGAAGUGCACGGCUCUCUUCUGGACUUAGUGCAUUAUCUCAACCAUUUAAGUUGCGACUUUGUCGUGCUCAAGGAGAUAAAUCACUACGCGAUUAUUCAUCAAAUGUUGUGCUGAUUGAUCCAUUGGCAAGCUUAGCUGCCGUGGAAGAAUUUCUUUGGCCUCGAGUUCAGCGUGGUGAAUCUGGUCAGAAGCCUUCAGCAUCUGGUGGGAACUCAGAAUCUGGAACCACACCUUUAGGAGCUGGUGCCUCAUCUCCUUCUACAUCAACUCCUGCUUCUGGCACUCGUCGUCAUUCUUCUCGAUCGAGAACAUCUGUGAAUAUAGGAGAUGCAGCUAGAAAAGAACCACCAUCAGAGAAAAGUGCCAGCUUAUCAAAAGGAAAGGGUAAAGCUGUUUUGAAGCCUUCUCAAGAGGAGGCACGGGGACCUCAAACAAGAAAUGCAGCACGAAGAAGAGCAGCUGUAGAUAAAGAUGCCCAAAUGAAACCUGUAAAUGGGGAUACUACUUCUGAGGAUGAGGAAUUGGAUAUAUCACCUGUUGAGAUUGAUGAUGCAUUGGUAAUUGAGGAUGAUGAUAUUUCGGAUGAUGAAGAUGAUGACCAUGAUGAUGUCCUAAGAGAUGAUUCUCUUCCUGUUUGCAUGCCUGACAAAGUACAUGAUGUUAAAUUGGGUGACUCGGCUGAGGAUGGUAGUGCAGCUCAAGCAACUAGUGAUAGUCAGUCUAACCCAGCUUCUGGCUCUAGUAGCAGAGCUGCAACGGUUAGGGGAUCGGAUUCAACUGACCAUAGGAGUGGUAAUUCUUAUGGUUCGAGGGGUGCAAUGUCAUUUGCGGCUGCUGCCAUGGCUGGGCUUGGAUCUGCUAAUGGCAGAGGUAUCAGGGGAGGCCGAGAUCGACAUGGACGCCCUCUAUUUAAUAGUUCAAGUGAUCCUCCAAAAUUGAUAUUCACUUCAGGUGGGAAGCAGCUUAAUAGGCAUUUGACCAUCUAUCAGGCCAUUCAACGACAACUUGUGGUGGAUGAGGAUGAUGAUGAGCGUUUUGCUGGUAGUGACUUUGUUUCUAGUGAUGGGAGCAGGUUAUGGGCUGAUAUAUACACCAUCACAUACCAGAGGGCAGACAGUCAAGCUGAUAGGGCUUCUGGUGGAGGAUCAAGUUCUGUUACCACAUCUAAAUCUACUAAAUUGGUAUCUGCUUCCAACUCAAACUCUGAUGCACAAUUGCAUCGGAUGUCACUUUUGGACAGCAUUUUGCAGGGGGAACUUCCUUGUGAUUUGGAAAAAUCUAAUCCUACAUAUAAUAUAUUGGCUCUACUUCGUGUACUAGAGGGCUUGAACCAACUUGCACCUCGGUUAAGGGCCCAGAUAGUUUCAGACAAUUUUGCUGAGGGGAAAGUUCUGAGUCUAGAUGACUUGAGCACAAUGGGUUCUAGGGUUACUCCUGAGGAAUUUCUUAACAGUAAGCUCACUCCGAAGUUAGCCAGACAAAUUCAAGAUGCCCUUGCAUUGUGCAGUGGAAGUCUUCCUUCAUGGUGCUACCAGUUGACAAAAGCAUGUCCUUUCUUAUUUCCAUUUGAAACCCGAAGACAGUAUUUUUAUUCAACAGCCUUUGGAUUAUCUCGUGCAUUAUAUCGUCUUCAGCAACAGCAAGGUGCUGAUGGUCAUGGAUCAGCAAGUGAAAGAGAGGUAAGGGUUGGUAGAUUGCAGCGCCAAAAGGUUCGGGUUUCAAGAAAUCGAAUUUUGGAUUCUGCUGCAAAAGUAAUGGAGAUGUAUUCCAGCCAAAAGGCUGUGCUUGAAGUUGAAUAUUUUGGUGAAGUAGGCACUGGGUUGGGUCCCACCCUUGAGUUUUACACACUUUUGAGUCAUGAUUUACAAAAAGUUGGACUUGAUAUGUGGAGGUCAAAUUCAUCGUUUGAGAAAUCUUCAAUGGAAAUUGAUGGAAACGAACAAAAAGAUGGCAAAAGCAAUAAUGGCUCUGACCUCAGAUUUGGUGCUGGUAGUGGUGAUCUUGUCCAUGCACCUCUUGGGUUAUUCCCUCGUCCAUGGUCUCCAUAUGCAGAUACUUCUGAUGGCAGCCAAUUUUCUAAAGUAAUUGAGUAUUUCCGGCUGGUUGGGCGUGUAACGGCCAAGGCUCUUCAGGAUGGGCGGCUAUUGGACCUACCACUGUCAACAGCAUUUUACAAAUUGGUGCUGGGUCAAGAGCUUGAUUUACAUGAUAUUCUUUCCUUUGAUGCUGAGCUUGGGAAGACUUUGCAAGAGUUACAUGUUCUUGUUUGCCGGAAACAAUAUUUAGAAUCAAAUGGUGACAAUUCUAAUGCCAUUGCUGAUUUGCAUUUCCGUGGGGCUCCAUUUGAAGAUCUCUGCUUAGAUUUCACGCUUCCUGGUUAUCCGGACUACAUUUUGAAACCAGGAGACGAUAAUGUUGACAUUAACAACUUGGAGGAGUACAUAUCCUUAGUUGUUGAUGGAACUGUCAAGACUGGAAUAUUGCGGCAGAUGGAAGCAUUUAGGGCAGGUUUCAAUCAGGUCUUUGACAUCACAUCUUUACAAAUUUUCACUCCACAUGAGUUGGACUAUCUACUUUGUGGUCGUAGAGAGAUGUGGGAGGCUGAGACACUUGUUGAUCACAUAAAAUUUGAUCAUGGUUACACUGCAAAGAGCCCUGCAAUCGUUAAUUUACUGGAGAUUAUGGGUGAGUUCUCACCAGAACAGCAGCGGGCCUUCUGCCAGUUUGUUACUGGUGCACCUAGACUUCCACCUGGUGGUCUAGCAGUCCUGAAUCCAAAAUUGACGAUAGUGAGAAAGCAUUCAUCGACUGCUGUUAAUACAGCAACCAAUAGUACUGGGCCUUCAGAAUCAGCAGAUGAUGACUUGCCGAGUGUCAUGACAUGUGCUAAUUACCUGAAGCUUCCUCCGUACUCAACCAAAGAAAUCAUGUACAAGAAACUACUUUAUGCAAUCAGUGAAGGGCAGGGAUCUUUUGAUUUAUCAUGAUGUUUGGGUCUAACUGAUGGACCUGUGUAUACUACCGGAAGAACAAUGAAGGUCGUUUGUCUUUACCUUUGAUAAUUUUGAUGUUGAAAGUAGCCUGCUGUUGCUCAAAAUAAAAGGCUUCUGAUGGUGCCCGCCUAAGCUAGUGGCUUUGUGAAGGUUGGGUGGCCACAUUUUUAAGAAGAAGCUGUAAAGGAGACAGAAAAGGAACAUUUCUUUUUUCUAGAUGCAGGGGUUUGUAAAUAAAUAGGAAAUUUUUUAUAUAUAUAUUUUUUUGUUCACCUUUUUUUCAAUCUACUCAUUGGCUCUGUUAGAAUAUACAUGUAUGCGAUAAAAUGAUAAAAAGGGAAAAACAAACAAUUGAAAUAUUUGUUUUGCCUCCUAGUAAAUUCCUUUUGUUAUUUUGGUCAUGUCGUUAUUAAUAUUAUUAUUGAUAUUUUUUCUUGAA